AUGCGGCCGAUCUUUUCUGCUCUGCAGAAGACAGCCGCGAGGGCCUGGACCCAACCCAUUCGAGCUAUUCGGAGCGCUCAGGGUUCGUCGAAGCUCAAUUCACUUUACGCUAAAUAUCGUCCUCAACAAUUCCGCAAUAUCUCGCAGUCACGCCAGCUAGCCGAGGGUUUGAAUGUGGUGGAUCACCCCGCGAGACUUGUUCGAGUUAAUAAGAAACAUGGGCCCGGUCUGAUUAUUCUGGCUUUGAUUCCAAUCAUCUCAUUUGGUCUGGGAACAUGGCAGAUAAAGCGCCUGGACUGGAAAACUAAACUGAUGGCCAAAUUCGAGGACCGUCUCGUGAAGCCCCCUCUGCCCCUGCCGCCGCGAAUUGACCCGGAUGCCAUUUCGGAAUUUGAUUACCGCCGUGUUUACGCUACCGGCCGUCUCCGUCACGACAAAGAGAUGCUCGUUGGACCACGCAUGCAUGACGGCGAGGACGGAUUCAUCGUGGUGACUCCUCUCGAGCGUGAGGGACAGAGCACGGUACUUGUGAACCGGGGUUGGAUCUCGCGGAAGUUGAAAGACCAAAAAGACCGGCCUUUGGGUGUGCUUGAUGAAGAGGUCACCGUGGAAGGCUUAAUACGAGAGCCAUGGAAGAAAAACAUGUUCACCCCAGACAACAAGCCCGCUGAGGGAAAGUUCUACUUCCCCGAUAUCAACCAAAUGGCCGAGUUGAGUGGAAGCCAGCCUGUUUGGAUUGAGCAGACAAUGGUGCCUGAUCUGAUUGAGUUUUAUGACCGUGAGGCUAAGGGUAUCCCGAUUGGCCGCGCCGCGGAGGUCAGUCUGAAAAACAACCAUUCUCAAUACAUCUUCACUUGGUAUGGCCUGUCUUUGGCUACCUCCAUCAUGAUGUGGAUGGUUGUGCGCAAGAACCCCAACGAGGCACUGCGCCGAGUUCGCCAGAACCGAAACUGGUAA